UUAACCCUCCGAGUGUGCUGCAUGCUCCAGCUAGCUCAGCAAGCAAGAGGCCAUAUUGCUUGCUACUUCUGUUGUUCAGGGCGGUGUUAUAUUCUCCAGCCUUUACAGGCCUCAGUGCACUGCUAUUUGCCCAAUAUGACUGCCUCUGACCCAUCCAUAGAGAGGAGGUUGGAAAUGUUGUCCAUGGACGACGUGGAUGAUGUGACGUGUGUGACGUUUGUCCUGCGAGGAGAGGACCACACACUAGGCAAUGCCCUUAGAUACAUCAUCAUGAAAAAUCCUGAAGUUGAGUUCUGUGGCUAUGCAGUUCCUCAUCCUUCAGAGAACAAGAUCAACCUCCGAAUACAGACCAGAGGUCAGCCAGCGGCUGAGGUUCUGAGGAAAGGACUGGAAGACCUGCACAGUCUCUGUGCCCAUGUCCUCAAAACUUUCAAGAGAGAAGUUAGGGCAUUCAAGGAGCACCACCAUCCAUCAUCGUCACUCAGUGACUGAAUGAUAUGGACCUUCAACACCACUCCCAGCACAGUGCUCGUUUCAAGUUCGGAUACUGUGAAAAAAUCAGCUUAAAAUUUCAUUCAUGUCUCAACUAUUAUAAUCAUUACAAAUACAGGAAGGGUGAUUAACUGACAAAAAUAAUGUAUAUAGUGGUAUCCACAAUAAUACCAUAUAAUAUAAUAUUAUAGCUCUUUCAGCUUUUAUGUGAUAAAAAUUCCAUGAGCAUAAAAACAGAGGGUUCAUAAUGCAGUGCUACUAUUGUCAUGAUAUAUAGUUUAGGCUCAGUGUGUGUGAGAGGAUGUGGCGUAGGAGAACGGACUCAGUUGCAGUGACACCCUGUGGCAAGGGGUGGCUCUGUAGAUACGAAACACCACCUCCACAUAGGGGUAGUGAGGCUGGGAGUGUCCCUGGAAGGUGAAGUAAGACUGAGUGUCGAAAUGGAGUCGGUAGAGUCCAGGGGAGAGCUGUGGCUGAGACAGCAGAGGAGAGCACUCACCAUCUCCUCCUGUCACCCUGUAUGUGUGUGUGUAUGUGUGAGAGGUAUAUCAGUAAUGAUGCAUGCAUACAGUCAUGUUUAUUGUGAUUAUAAUGGUGAAGUAAGUUGGUACAUAGGAAUAAGAGAGGUUUUCGCUGGUGGGGGAGCAGGAGCACUCUGUGAUAUGACACAAGGAGUAUGACCUCUAAAUCGACUUAAUUUUUUUUGCACAAGCAAUCAGUGUGCCUGCCAUUGUCAGAAAAGAAGUGCUACUUUGCUUGCCAAUUAGACUCUCAUUGUUAUUAUAGUUACAUGUAGCAACCUCAUGGGUAUAAGAUUCUG